GGCAACUUGGCCGAAGACAAACGCAGGGGGAUUAAGGUUUAGCUUUGUCGAUCUGCCGUGUUGAAAGUCUUGGCUUAUGCAAGCAAUCUGCAGUUUUAUCCAGAUUGUUCUGCGCCAGCAUCUGCACUGCGACAUUACUGUGAUAUAUCUGCGCCCUGAUCUCCACUCCUCACCUUUCUAUAGACACAAUCUCAGACAUGGAGCAAGUACAGUCUGCCAUCGAUGUGCCUCCGGUCACGUUUAAGAAGCGAGGUGCCAAAGCCAAAUCAACAAUCCGAAAGAGAGCCGCCACGCCUCCUCCCGAUGACUCCGACUCGGGGUUCACCACUUCAGAAGACGAAGAGGGAAGACAAAUAAAGCGCCGACGGAAAAACGCUGGCGUGAUAGCAUCCUCAAGAGACAACCCUCAACCUCGUCCUAUACCGGUCGAAGAGAAGUCUGGUGUUGCAGUUGCCGCGCCUACAAACAGGGAUGAUGCCACGAAAGCCUUUGAUUGGUACGACGAGGAUAAUGACAAGAAGACCGGCAAGACCUCUAAAAGGCCAGACGAGGCUGUAGGACCCGAUGGAACCUACAAGGGAACAGCAAACUAUUCUUCCUUCAUUCAGAAAAAUCCAGACCGGACUGGCAAGCAAGUUGGACCACUCAAGCAAUCGAGUAACGUGAGAACGAUAACCGUUACCGACUUCGCACCUGAUGUCUGUAAGGAUUACAAGCAAACAGGCUUUUGUGGUUUUGGAGACAACUGCAAAUUUCUCCAUGCAAGAGAGGACUAUAAACAAGGUUGGCAGUUGGACAAGGAAUGGGAGAUUGAUACCAAAGGCAAAAAGGUGUCCGGCAAGACCAUCGCAUCUGCGAAUCGGAAUGGUCAAUCCACACAAGACGACGAGGAUGACGAGAAGCUCCUUGAAAGCAUACCAUUCGCUUGCAUCAUUUGUAAGAAGCCAUAUUCGAAUCCAAUUGUCACCAAGUGUGGACACUAUUUCUGUGAGGCCUGCGCUUUAAAGAGGUAUCGCAAAGAUCCAUCUUGUGCCGCUUGUGGGACAGGAACAGGCGGAGUUUUCAACGUGGCAAAGAAAUUGAAUCGUUUAUUAGACAGGAAGCGGGAGAGGGAGAAACAGAAGCGGGAGGCUGAAGAGGAAGCGGGAGAGUGAGAUUGGUAAGGUGUCAACGGCUCUCAUAGCGCCAGCGUCCGACUGAAUCAAAUCAGAGUGACCAAGAAUUUCUUGCCAGUCCCAGUGUUCCGUUCGCUUUCAAACCGAGACUGACGACUUCCACGUUGGCAGGAUUGCUCCACCGUAACACGUACCGUUGCGCAUAUAGUCGUUCGAGACUCGAUAUUCUU